CUUUGUUCAGGAGUCCGGCUGGUUGGAGGUUCUCACUGUUCUGGGAGGCUAGAGAUACUUCAUGAUCAGACGUGGAUGUCAGUAUGUGAUGCUGUCUUUGACCAGCAGGAUGCAGAGGUUGUGUGUAGAGAGCUGGACUGUGGGGCUCCUGUACAGGUGCUGGGAGCAACUGCUUUUGACAAAGGAGACGCUCAGAUGUGGACACAAGAGAUUCAGUGCAGAGGAAAUGAAACAUUCAUUCGAUUGUGUCCAACUUCACAUGACAUACAAUGCUCUCAAGAAAACAACGUGGGACUGAUAUGUUCUGAUUUGGAGACUGUUAGGUUGGUUGGUGGUAACAGUUCCUGCAGUGGUAGAGUGGAGGUUCAUCAUGAUGGUCAGUGGGGAACAGUGUGUAAUAGAAAUUGGGAUCUGACUGAUGCUGAAGUGGUGUGUAGAGAGAUGAGCUGUGGAGAGGCUUUAAAUGCAGUGUAUGGGGCUAACUUUGGACAAGGAUCAGGACCAAUCUGGAUGAAUCAAGUGGCCUGUAGUGGAUCAGAGUCAACUCUGAAAGACUGUAGAUCAAGGGGAUGGGGUGUUCAUGACUGUGAUCAUCGAUAUGAUGCUGGAGUCAUUUGCUCAGAAACUAUAAACUAUGGACGAUUUACAAGACUUGCUGAUGGACCUCACCUGUGCUCUGGGAGGUUAGAGAUCCUUCAUAAUCAGACGUGGAUGUCAGUGUGUGACGCUGUCUUUGACCAGAAGGAUGCAGAGGUUGUGUGUAGAGAGCUGGACUGUGGGGCUCCUGUACAGGUGCUGGGAGCAGCUGCUUUUGACAAAGGAGACGCUCAGAUGUGGACACAAGAGAUUCAGUGUAGAGGAUAUGAAUCACACAUUCGACGCUGCCCAUCAUUAACUUCAAAUAAUAUAAACUGCACCCAUGACAAUCACGUGGAACUGUUGUGUUCUGGUUACACUGAUCUCAGGCUGGUUAACAGUUCAGACUCUUGUUCUGGUCGAGUCGAAUGUCACUACUUCAGUAAAUGGGGCACAGUGUGUGAUGCAUUCUGGGAUAUGAGAGCUGCCAGGCGGGGGUCCAUCAGGCUGUGUGGAGUGGCCCUCAGUAACCAGCCGGUACCAGCCUGGUUUGUUCCUGGUUCUGGACCCAUAUGGCUGGAUGAGGUGGAGUGUGAGGGGAAUGAGACGUCCCUCUGGAGCUGUUCUUCUCCAGGCUGGGGAAAACAUGACUGUCAACACAAUGAGGAUGUAGGAGUCGUGUGCUCAGCAAGAGUGAAAUCAGCUCGUAACUGGCUGGAUAAAGUUACAUGUCGACCACAUGAUUCAUAUCUCGGACAGUGUCCAUCUUCACCCUGGGGACAAAACGACUGUAAUAAUAAUGAUGAAGUGGCCAAUAUUAUCUGCUCAAAGGAGGAGAAUCAGGAGUCUCCUCGUAGUCAUCUGACAUGUUUUAUCUCACCAUCUCCUUACCAGAAACAGUGUUCAGAGAAUUCCCACUGCCAGUUAUUUUUCUCCCUGACCGAGGGCACCCUUGGCAUGGAUGCUCUGGUGCACAGCUGGCUGCUGGGCCUGCACAAGUAUGCAUUUCCCCCAGGAGUUUCAUCUCUAAAGAACUGCAUUCUGGGUAUGAAGAUGCUGAUGAACUUCUCUCAGGGACGUGUCUAUGGAGAGGCAGUGCCUCCCCUAGGAUAA